UCGCAAUUACACCUGUGCAAAACAAACAUUAACUUUGAAAUUCGCGUAUGGAAAGACUAAUUGAAACGUUGCUUCUCUUUCUAAUGUUGUUUCUUAUUUUUUCCCGGAAUCAAUUUAUCGAGAAUUCAUAAAAAUGAUCGUCGAUUUCACCGAUCAUGGUUCGUCGUUACCAAAUAAAAUAAUUUCCAAGCAAAUUCUCAACAUGGAAAGACGAGCAAAAUGACUUCUAGUCACUGUCCUGUAAUUACUAUCUCCAUACAUGGAAGACUUGUGUAAUCGAAAAGGGCUUGAGACCACAAUGUUUACACAGUUUUUUCCAGAGACAGGUGUGCUCGGUAGACAAGAGCGUCACUCGCGUCUGCCACGUUCUUCAAUGUCUGCGCGUCUACGCGGCGAUGUUUACGCGAUUCUGAUACAAGAAUUUAACAAUACCCACGUAAACGCGUAACCGUGUCGCAUAUUGACUUCAUCGGUGAGCGCGGAGGACGCGGAUACCCUUGCAAGAAGUUAGCCUGCGCGCACGCACGUGUAUACGUACGUAUACACCUGACACAGCCUGGAGGGGUUUAUCAGCAUUCAGCAUUGCUUUGCUGGCACUGUUACACACUUAACUUCACUCUCGUCUCUCAGUCUCACUCAGUGAUCAUAUACCAAACCAUCUAUUCCGUUCGAAAGCAUCGAAAGCGUUCGAGGAGUCCCUCGAUCGGAUGAAGAGGAUUCAUCCCACGACCGGAAGUUGCGAGCGUGUUAUCCUCCUAGAUCCUUCGUGUUUCCGCCACGAUAUUUAAUUCUUGCACGCGGAAUACUUUUCUCUUGCCAACUCCUCGACUUGGGUGAUCGAUUGUUAAUCAGAAUGUACGCCAAUACUUGAUAUUCGACGCGGAUGAUUAAUUGUGUACCAGUAUCUGUGCCUCGCGCCAUCAUCAGUGAACCAUAGUUCCAUCAAUGUGAUACUCAGAAGACACGUAGCACAGUGUUGUUUCGUGUGUUCGAAAAAAAAGUUUCUGCACAGUCAUAGAACGAGUUCGCUGAAUACGAGCUCUACAAUGCCACCAGAUUUUCACAGAUAUCGAGUCCACGACGAUAACGCGCUGAUACCGAUAUCGUGAUUGUGUACGCCAGUCCAGUAUUGUCUUUAUAGAGGUCCCGUGUUACUCUCACAUUGCUAUACAUUUGCAAUGGAAGUCGAUGACUUGGUGCUGUAUUUCGCUAUAGCAUGCGGGAUCGCUGGCGGUGCGUUUAUAGUGAUUUUCAUUUUGAUGUGCGGGCUUUACGCCAAAGUGAGACGAUUGGCAUCGAACGGCUCCAUAGCCGACGUUUCGUUUUGUUGGGACAAGCAACGUUCGCAACGAUGUUGGCCGAAUAUCGGAAUAUGUCACGUAAGACGUCACAUCCUAAAGAACAAGUCUAAUCAACUAAACAGACAAUCGAGUAUGAUGGCCGACUUUUGUUACACGAAUCCCACGAUUGUGCCAGGAGAGCUGCUCUCUCGACGCGGUUUCUCGAUGUACAGUGGUUCCGAGGCUUUUAACGAAAAUUAUACGACAAAGAGCAAAGACCACUAUGGGACCUACCAAGAAGGAAGAUCAAAAUUUUGACCACGAAUCGCAACUUCCGAGAACCAUCAUUGCAAUUCAUGUAACAUCAACGAAAUAUUGAAUAAUGAAAACUAGGAGAUCGAUUAGUUUAGUUAAGCGAUUCAUUGUACUUUAAUCUGCAAUGUAUAAAACUUGCGCGAACUUUGUCUUCGCUUGCCAUACAAUUUAUUAAAUGUAUAUAUACAUAGGUGUUUACAUAUAAUUUCAUUACCAUUUAUAUUAUAAUUCGUUCAAAUUCAGAACUCAUGAAUAGAUAUCAAGGAAACCAUUUUGCUUAGUGUAAUAGAAGAGGUGUUUAAUAAAAUAUCAACGAAAAAUUACGCAAUAAUUAUGUGUAAUGUAUCCAACGAGUGAUAAUAUAUUACGGAAAAAUUGUUUCGAAAUAGUGCCGUUGGUUGUCCAUAGAUGUCACCAUAUACGUAUAUCGAUUAGUAUCGAAUAGUUGGUGUAUGAAAUAGAGAACAGGUAGUAAGAGUGAAAAUUUAGUAUGCAAAUCAUUCGCACAAUUUAGAAGACUAACAUGUGCGAUCAGUAAGAUAAAUAAACCAACCAAUCCUGACACAUUCUGCAGUGUUUUUAGUUAUUUAUUUUAGAUUUACCAUCGUGAUUGAAUCCCAAAGUUGUCUGCAUAUAAUACCAUCUGUUUUGUUUUGUAAGGUGCAUUGUUGAUAAUAAAUAUUUCUAUGUUACUUA